UACAACAAAUAGAUCUUAUACUUCAUAACAGGUAAAUAUUGCAAAAUUUUCGUUAACAUAAAAUUCUAAAAUAGACAAUAAGCAUUCGCCAUUUCAUACGUAUAUAGAUAUAUAUGACAUAGUUGACAUAUUUUAUUAGUAUUACAUAUAAAGUAUAACGUCAGAGUAAACAACAAUCAUGUGACAAUGGUCAUGAUUAAGUACAUUCUUUUCAGUUAAGUCAUGAAUACGAAAAAAAGAACAAAAAUACACUGUAAAUGCUUAGAUCUAUUUUUGUUUGAAUAGCAGUCUGACUCUUCCCAUUAUAGCGUAGUCUUAUCUGUAGGGCUUAUUUGAAUUCGAAGCUGGCAUCAAUGAUUUAUCUAUCGAGCGGAUCGGAUGAGUGACGUCCCACCGAAAGUUGAGUUCGCCCCAUCAGAAAUUAUCAACAUAGAGAAAAGCUUCAGACAGCAGCUCUCCCGAAACAUUCAUUCAUUCGCCCCUCUGAAAAUGAAACGUAGAUAAAAUACUGGCUGGCAUAGAAAGAAAAGAACUUUGAAACACCGAGAAAAGGGAAUAUUUGAAAGUUCUCAUUGUUACUAUUUGAACUGAUAAGACUAUAAUACUCGAAAACGACUAUUCUAUUGCAUUGCUUUAAUGUCACAAAGACAAGAAAAGUAGCGUUAAAUUUCUUCCUGCUUACGCUGAUAUGCAUAAAGUCCUAGUAUUAUGGCUCCUACAAAUGAGACUAUUUUCGAUUUUUUCUCAGUAAUCUCUGAGAAGUGCAUCUUAUAAAUUCAAGGAUAUAUCUGGACAGAACGGUAUCGAAGAAACGGUAUCGAUCUAUAUGCUUCACCGAUUGAUUGAAGUCAGUUAGUUUUAAGUGGUCGCAAGUUUGAUAACAAAACAUAAUACUUGUGAAUGAAUAUAGUCGAGGAAAAUUUGCUUGAAAAGACAUUUAGAUAUCACAUCGUGACCAUGAGUCAAAAUGAAUUAAUACAAUUAUUAGAAGAACAGAAUACUUUGAAUCGAUUUUAAACCUUAUUCAGAUUUCUCGUUUCCUUUCACACUUAGAGCGCAUUCAACAACUAGAAGAUUCAAAUGUAGAUUAAUACCGGCGUGUUCUAAUGUUAUAUUUCCAUAUAUUCCAAAGAAACGCAACUACUGUCUUGUUAAUUGCAGUUCUUUUCCCAGAGAUAGUUUCAUGUUAAUAAUUACAUAGAAAAAAACUUUGCUGUAAGUGUUAUACGAUAAAAAAGCACUGUUCCCUUUUAGAUCACCAUAGAAAAGUAAAAAUGUCUAUUGCAAAAAAGGUCUAUUCCCGUUUCGUCGAAAAAGGAAGAUGAACGAAAAUUAGCAGCAGCUCAAUAAUUCUAAUUGCCUUUUGAUUCUAAUUGUUUGACCAUCUUAAUAUUAAUCUUUCUAAAAGAAAUUAAUUAAAAGAAUGCUGAUGAGAUCAAUCUAUUGUCUUAUCGAAGUAUAUAUAAGUGUUCAUGCAGUACUAAAUCACUUCUUAAUUCAAAUCUAUAACAUGUUUUCAAUUCUUGAAAGUAAACGCAAAAAAACCAAUUUUAUUAUUCGAUACAUUCCGUACACGCAAGAUAAAAUUGUUGGUACAACUAUUUACUGGAAAUGCGAAGAUCGUUCAUGUCCCGGACGCGCUUCAUGGAUCAGCUGCACCAAAUUUGAAAAAAUUACAUAAUCACAAUGGAGAUGAAAACAGAUGCAAAGCCGAAGAAUUCAAAAUGGCCAUAAAACGACGUAUUGAACAUUCACCACAACCAGUUAAAAGAGUUUACAAACAAGAAUUGACAUCAUUAUAUACAACGUCGCCGCAAAUUGCACCAUCAAUACCAAUGUUUCAUGAAAUUAAAAAUUCAUUGGAAAUUUAUGGGUCAAUGUCAUGGAUGAAUUUCAAAAUAUUGAACGUAUUAAUCAAUUUAUGA